UUAUUUUAGUGGGAUGUACAUCUGUUAUGGUGCCAUAAAGGGGUUUCUUCCUACCUCUCCACACCAGCCCUUAUGUUGCAGUUUCAUCACAUCACCUGCUUAAUCAUCUGUCAUUUUCAUCAGUUUCUUGUCCUACAAUAAUUUUCCACAUCGCUCGUCCUUUCAAGGAACUUUAACUUCUAACCCUGCAGUGUCUGGGGAGCUGCAGUAACUUUCUUCCCUUUCUUCUAAAAGCAUUUUAGAGGAACUCAAAAGUGUUGGUUUAAAUGAUCGCAUGUAGUUUCCAAUUUGAUUUUCAUCCCCAUUCCCAAAGCACCUAAAAAUCUUACUCUUUUUGCAGCUACACUGCAGUAAUUAAGUUUUAACAUGGCUAUAUCAACAUCCUAUUGUUGCUUUGAUACCUUUGAUACCUUUGACAGUGCUUCGAAAACCCAAGCACAACGUGGAGAUGAUUCAUUUAAUUAUGAAUGUGUUUCCUGAAUUUUAACCUCUUUGUGCCCUGUAAAAAUGCUGUUUCUUACUGAUUUAUCUCAGACACUUAAAAGUGUCAGAUACACUGUGAACAUUUAAGGACAUCAUCCCUAUUAGGUCUUCUCCAGCCUCUCUCUUGCUGGCCCAGUGAAUUUUAUAAAGCAGCACAUUUAUAAAGAUGGUGAGGACUCAUACAAAUAAAAGGAUUUCACAUCACUGCAGUUCCAGGGAUUUAAGGGUUAUAUACACAGUUUGGAUGAUUUAAUUACAUUAUUUUAACUGUAUUACGUUAAAAUUGAACAGAAGUGAUGUAAUGAUGGAAGAAGGACUAUUAGUCUAAUAUGCACAUGCUUUUAUGACUUGCUUGUUUUAUUAAUGCUUAUUUCAUAUACAGAUAUUAAGCCACUGCUUUCCCUUACUGAGGUUUGUAUACAGGAAUAUUCCAUCUUCUCCUGAAGCUGUUCAGUUGAUAGAAAAAGUUCUAGGUAGAUAAUCGCCAAGUAAUGGAAGAAGGGGGAUGCUCUGACCUUUCUAAUACCAGUAAAGACUUUAUUUUCAGAGAUGUAAUCGCCUGGAUUCUUUGCUCAGUUCUCCAGGGGAGAACUUUGUUAGUUUCCCAAACCCCCUUUUCCUUCUUUUAAGACCACGAGGAGAAGGAACUGUGAGCAAGCAGGCUUCUCCUCGCUCCGCAGGCCGUGGUUUUCCCAGAUGUGGCUGCAUAACAUCUCUCCAUCAUUAGAGUCUGGCAGAGAAGGAAGGCAAGCAGGCCGGCCCUCCCUUGCCACCAGCCGCCCUCCUCCAGCUGCCCCCACUUUCCCCAUCAAUUAGCAGCCAUUAGCUCCCCAGGUAAUAUAAAAGCAGGCCAGGGACACAGGUAGGGCUAACCCUUCAGCGGCGAUAAUCAUGGACAGCUUCGUCUGUUCCCCCUUCAGCGCGUACCACAACUUGAGGAGCAGCCCCGCGUUCAGCCGCAGCUGGGACACUACAGCCAAGCAGCCCAGCUGGAAGCAGAGCAAGAGCAGCAGCAUCAGCCCCUUCCUCGGGGGGCCCUUCACGCCGCUGCCCUCCGACUACCUGGACAGCUACCGGCGGGCGCAGCUCCAGGCGCUGCUGUCGCAGGUGGGCCCAGCUCUGGCGCCGUGGCCGCGGCGGGCCAGCACGAAGGAGGCGGCGGUGCAGGUGAGCCUGCGGGCCGACGCGGCCGUGCAGUGCUCGCUGGGGCCGCGCACGCUGCCGCCCGCCCGCGCCUUCAACCCCGCCGCCCUGCGCACCCCGGGCCGCCUCGCCCUCUACUCACCCGCGCCCGACCGCUGCCUCUUCGCGCCGCCCGACGCCGCGCCGCUCGCGGAGAAGGCAGUGGCGGCCACGGAGACCCCGACGGCGGACGGCGGCGAGCAGCAGGAGGAGGGCCCGGCGGGGGCCGCGCUGCCGCGGCGCCAGGAGCCGGUGGGGACGCGGCGGGAGGAGACCCCGGCUCCCAGGCAGAGAGCUGCCUUCCAGUUCUUGGAGCAGAAGUAUGGCUAUUUCCACUGCAAACACUGCAAGACCAGAUGGGAGAGUGCUUACGUGUGGUGCAUUUCUGGAAGCAACAAGGUGUACUUCAAGCAGCUCUGUCGCAAAUGCCAAAAGGGCUUCAAUCCCUAUCGAGUGGAAGCAAUCCAGUGCCAGGUAAAUUAACUGUACUCCAUUAAGACUGUCAGAUGUUAUCAUAUUUUAUUGUUGAGUUUGAUAUUGGCUUUAUCUGGAAGAAAACUUGACUUCAUCAAAACACUAGGAAAUGUUAUUUGGGAAAUGUGUCUUGGGGUGGGCCUCCCUCCUCCCAUGGAUGGCUUACCUAAACAGUUUUAAUAUAGCAUUAUGGCUUGCUACGGGUAGGGUUUUAUGCAUCUAGGUGAGAAAGCUCUUAGACCUUUACAACAGGGUUUUUACCACAAGAGUUCUUAAGUAUAUCAGCCCCAAUAUGUUGCUGUUAAGGAAAGCCAAAUGUUAGUCUAACAUGAAGUGCAUCCUCUUUGAUCUACUAUUCCUAACAUGUCUUUGUUUCUUAAGAUCUGUUCCAAGACUCGUUGCUCUUGCCCUCAGAGGAAGAGACAUAUUGAUCUCAAGAGACCUCAUCGCCAAGAACUCUGUGGCCGCUGCAGAGGCAAAAGGCUGUCCUGUGAUAGCACUUACAGCUUCAAAUACAUUGUCUGAUCCAUGUGCCCUGUUCUGUUUUGUUCUUUGCACUUUGUCUAUUGCAAUGUUUUGACACAAGGCUUUUGACCUGGCAUUGGAUAAUGGAUGAAGACUUCGGUACUAUUGUAAAAUAUAAUAACUUAAAGUAUGUAAUUUCACUGAAUAUAUGCUGUAAAUAAAGUUCAAAAAAACUUCGUACUAGUUUGAUACCCCUUAGUUUCACCCUGCUUGGCUGAAAGAGGAAAGUAUAUCUGUAAAGAAGCAACCCCUUUGAUUUCCUAAAGAUAGUAGACUUUGUUUUGAAGUCUUCAGGGAAUGCUAAGACUCAGGCUACACUAGCACAUUUUUCCUUCAGUCACUCAAACUGAACUGGGGUGGAAGAUGCAAAUAUUCUGGAGCAUCAAGUCUGGUGUAAAUGCAAAUGUGUCUUCCCCCUGCCUCUGUCAAGUGUAUAUAUAAAAACCACAGCUGCUUGGUAAUCAAAGACUAUCUGCCAGAACAAGACUAUGGCUGUAAAAUAGGCAGGAAAAGGAUGUAAGCUGCCCAUGUUUGAAAUAAGGAGGGGAAAAUCCUUUUGACUGGCAGUAUCUGUGACAGUGUAAAAAACACUCUUUAGGGUAGAAGGAAGUUCAGAGGCUUUCACAGGCAGCAGAAGACCAAUGAAACUAUUUUUGAUGUUCUACUCUUCCCGGCUGAGUUGUGAGGAUUUUUUUCAUCAAGCUGUAGUUACAUUUAUUGCUGUUUUCUAUGAAUGGUUUCAGCAUAAACCAGGAGCCAGGUAUUCUUUGGGAGGGCUGCAGAUCAUGGAUACCAUAUGCAACAGUACUGAUUCGGACAAGAACACAAUUUUCACAACAAGCAUGUACUGUGUUGUGACUAUAUACGACUUUUAUACUUUAGUUAAAUGGAUGUACUAAUCCAGAUUUCAAAGUUACUUCACAAAAAACAGUUAAGUGUAUUUACAGUGUGAAUAAGUUACAUAGUUGUCAGAAUAAAAGUGUCUCAGAUGUGCAACAGAUUUACAUGCAUACAUUUAACACUGGACAGCAGUUAAAUGUAAGAAAAAAACCAUAUAGUAUGACUUUUAUAUAUACAUUACAAAUAAAAUAAGACUUCUCUUUAAAGAAACUUAACAUGAGAACUUGCAUUUCACGUUAAUAUUUUUACUUUUUAUACUCAAAAUUUAUAUUAAAUAAAAAUAUGCAUGCUUAACAGUUCAAAAGAUUUGACUCUGUGAUGGGACUUUCUCCUACAAAAUGGCAAGUUAAAUUAGAUCAACCAUCCUUUCAUAGUAUAAAUAUAUUCAUAAAAGCAAACCUCUAUUAAAAAGCAGCCAAGGUCCUUAAUAAAAAAAAAAA